UUCCAACAGAAAAUUAACUUUAAAUACGAAACCAAAAUUCAUCCUCUCUGUCAUAAAAGAAAAAAAAAAAGAAAACCCAAAAAUCAUGUCGUCGCCGCCGUUGCCAAACCAAAAACCCCAACAACCGUUUCGCCGCCGAAUUGUCCGAAUAACCGUAACAGACGCCGACGCCACCGACUCGUCCAGCGACGACGAAACGACGUCACCGAGGAAAAACCAAAACCAACCCAAGAAGAAGCUCGUCAACGAAAUCACAAUAGGAAUGUCGACGAAAGAGAACGACGUAAUCGCGGGGCCGAGUAAAGGCAAGGUGAAGAGGUACAGAGGGGUGAGACAGAGGCCGUGGGGAAGAUGGGCGGCGGAGAUUAGAGAUGGGCGUAGGAUGAGGCUUUGGUUGGGCACUUUCGACACGGCGGAAGAAGCGGCUGUGGCUUAUGAUCAGGCGGCGGUUAAGCUGCGUGGACCUAACGCGCCUACCAACUUUAAGUUGCUCGAUUGUAAUGUUGUUCAAUCGUAAAUUUUCUGUAAAUAUUAAUGUUUUGUUUUUAGGUUAGAAUGGAUUUUAGUUUUUGUGUUUUUAUUUUUUAAUGUUUUCUUUUUUUUUUUUAAUUCUGACUAAAACUGAUGUAAAGACAUGUACUGAACUGCAAAGAUGAAAUAGUUGUACAUUAUUGAUUUUUAACUUGAAUUUUUAUUUUUUUUA